GCCGAUCAGAAACCUCAGCGGAAGACAGAUCUGCAGUAGAGGCGGAGCUGAGAGCGGCCGCGGGCACAAAAGUGCGGCUGGAAGGCUUUGGGGGUGUGUGUGUGUAUAUAUAUGAAGGGAGGAGGGGAUGGUGAUGUAUGGAAUGGCCACGGCAUCGAGUGUCCUUCCUUAUCCGCGAAGAAUGGCUCCUCUUGCCCGCCGGAGCCGCGAGUUCACCCCGGAAGAGCUGAAGGACGCGGUUUACUGGGAGCGGAGACGCCGGAACAACGAGGCGGCGCGCAGGUCGCGCCAGAAGCGGCGCCGCCGGGAGUUAGUGUUGGAGCAGCGGCUGUUGGAGUUACUGGAAGAGAACUGCCGGCUCCGGGCUCACCUGGUGGCGUUGCGCCUGCCGUCAGCCCCCCACAGUGACAAGCAGCCGGAUACAGGCGCUACUCAGCAAGCUAGGAACAGCGGUGAGCCAGCCUGGCUGAGGAGUUUACCGCACAAACUCCGUCUGAAAAUCUCCUCCCCUGGCGGCAGGAACGCCAGUUUGCAGGGCUCGCAAUCUGGCUUCGCUCAGGAGGCGCAGCACUCCUCCCUAGCUGAACCGCGCUGUUAACUGAAGCUAAGACGAAUUCCCCUCACCCUUGUCCUAGACGAGGUGGGGAGAAAUUGACGCCUGCAUUUACUUUAUCUCCACAAGUGUGACUGUCGCCAAGAAAACAAACUUUCAGACUCUUUGUAUUCCAGUCUCGAAAUAGCUGGACUUUACACCUCGUGACUUUUAGACCUUUUGUUUUCGACUUCGUACGUUCUGGUUUAUUGUUUAAGCGGGCUUUCUCGCUAUAUUUUACUUUUUUUUGUGCAGACUGACUAAAUGGGGAGGCAUUUGGCCUAGUGGGAACCUGGGUUCGAAUUCCAUCAUGGCAGAAAGUGAAGUUUGAUUUUGUUUUGAAUUCAAUCUAAAAUAAGAAUUGUGAAAACUCAUCUGGUUCACUAAUAACCUUUUGGGAAAUGAAUGCCAUCCUUUAUCUGACCUACAUUGACUCCACUGUGGCUCACCAUUAACUGCCCUUUGGGUAAUUACUGAUGAGCAACAAGUGUUGCUGUAGCUAAUUGUAACCACAUCCCAACAUCCAGAGCAGAGUGAUGUUGAGGUCAGAACCAAGGUUCUAGCUUUUUUAAAAGGCAUGUGGAAUACAUACUUAAUAGUGGUUUAUUUAAAAUGCGGAAGGCUCUGUCUCAGCAACCAAAUUAGUAAAGACGGUCGUAAAAUGCGAACUGCGCCUGUUUUCAUUCGACAGUGUUAUGGCUGAAAAUACCUCGUUCAGUCACUGAAUCAAACAUUCCCAUGGAACUUUCAACACGUGACCUAAACUGUAGCAGUUAAGCAAUUGGGAUAGAUUUUAAAGGUGAGAUGUGAUCUAUUUUCUACAAUAUCGAAAGCAGAUAGAGCAGGGUAAUUUGAUAUAUCAAUACGUCAUCAGGCACUUCCCCUCCUUCUCCAGGAAUAGUAAAAACGAUUAUAAUCCCGUCCACAUUUGAUCUCUAAAGCAACAACUGAAUCAGGAAUUUUUUGGGGGGGCGCGACAUCCUCCAACGAGGUGAGUUUUCUACUGAGCGGUCCUCAUCUACAUGCAUGUGUUCGCACAAGGAAUUAACAUGGAGUUGAUACAUAAUCCUAAUAUCCUGUCUAACGCACAAUUUAUCACAAAUACUUGCAUAUGGAGGGGGAAGUUCGUGAUUUCAACAAACAUGGAAAAUGGCAGUCGUCAAUAAAACGGAUAAAUUAAAGCGAAUACUUAACAACAUUUAGUUUUAAUGCUGUGAUUAUUCCAGCUUUUUGUAGGGAUGACAUUCUGGUGAAUUGUUUUUUAGAUUAGAUUAGAUUUACAGUGUGGAAACAGGCCCUUCGGCCCAACAAGUCCACACCGACCCGCCGAAGCGCAACCCACCCAUACCCCUACAUUUACCCCUUACCUAACACUACGGGCAAUUUAGCUUGGCCAAUUCACCUGACCCGCACAUCUUUGUGACUGUGGGAGGAAACCGGAGCACCCGGAGGAAACCCACGCAGACACGGGGAGAACGUGCAAACUCCACACAGUCAGUCGCCUGAGUCGGGAAUUGAACCCGGGUCUACAGGCGCUGUGAGGCAGCAGUGCUAACCACUGUGCCACCGUGCCGCCCAUUAUUUCAUCGUUUAGAAUCUAAAGCGCCCUAAAAAUUGGACGCACAAGAUUUAUUUACUCUGUUUUUAUGUAAGAUUUAUACGGUUUGUUCUGGAGGAAAAUCUUGGCAGGAGAAUCCGUUUUCCAGCAACACUGGUAAUAUCGCCUCCCUCACCUUUCGCUGUCUUCAUUUGAUUCUCCAGUCUUUUUUUUGGAAUGGAGCUGAAUCGUGUUUUGUUGACGCAAAGCCCACUCGUGAUAUUCUAGAUCUGAAUUGUUUGAAGGUAUAGGGAGGCGUUACAUUUUUUUAAACUUGAUUUUGUAUUACAUGCAUCUACUACUUUAGUGUUCUUUUGCAGAGAAAUACUAAUGGGUUUUGGAGAAACAAACCGUUUGAUGUGAUUAUAUUGCAUAGAACCUUUUUGGAAAUAUGUGUAAACUUGAAGCAUUUAAUUAUUCAA